AUGGCCCUCAGAAACCGACGGCCCCAACUGUACAAUACACGCAAACGACCCCAAGAAUACGAGAUGGACCACCUUACCGAAGGUUUUCUCAUACAAACGACCACUGGCAAGCUCCAAGGCGUACUUGAGGAAGACACCAUUGCCUUCCACAAAGUUCCUUACGCCCAACCCCCCGUCGGACCACUCCGCUUCAGGGCACCACGCCCAACAACCUGGACAAAUAUACGAUAUGCUGCAAAGGCCGGCCCCGGGUCCUACCAACUGAGCUCCUCAAACAAGGAAGCGCUGCAGGAGCUCGUGCAGCAAUUGGGCCCACGGGUGCCAGGGGAGUAUCCCCUACCACCGGGCUUUGCACAAUCCUACGACCAUCCCGAGUCCAGUGAGGAUUGCCUCUAUCUCGAGAUUUGGCUGCCCAAGGGCAAGCGUGAGAAUCUUUCUACGUUUGUAUACUACCAUGGUGGGGCGAACAUGAUAAGCUCCGGAGGCAUGCACCUGGAGCGUCCGACCAAGCUGUGCGCCCAGCACAAUAUCAUUGUAGUCCGGCCAUCGUACCGCCUGGGCGCCUUGGGCUGGGUACACUUUGGUUUGUUUAGUGAUGAGUUUCCGGAAGCAGUCAAUCUGGGUGUGCAGGAUCAGAUUGCUGCAUUGAGGUGGAUUCAUGACAAUAUCCGCUGUUUCGGCGGCGACCCUGGCCACAUCACAGUCGGGGGCGAAUCCUGCGGUGCAACGGCCGUAUCACAUCUUCUAACUUAUCCUCCUACCCAGCCGAUCAUUCGUCGAGCCAUCAUGCAGUCUCUAAGCCCCUACAACAACUGGUGCACCCAGGACAAGCCAGAAGCCACCACCGUUGCAAAGAUGUACAUGGAUCUUCUUAAGAUCGACGACCCAGCAGCGCUCCAUGCUAUUCAUCCUCUAAAGCUUAUUGCCGCCCAUCAGGUCCUCGUGCGCCUUUUCCCACCCGACCACGCCAUGGCUUGGAGACCACUCGGCGCUGUGGUGGACGGCAACUUCGUUCCCGAGCAUCCCUCACACUACCUAUCCACGAAGCCCUAUCCCCGGCCCGACUUCGAGCUUAUGCUCGGCACCGCAAAGGAUGAGUGGACACUUUACCGAGGCCAAACAAAGACGGCCCGCCGUGGAACUGAAGCCGAUGUAAUCACAGCUAUAUCGCGGGUUUUCGGACAUGAUUCCAAGUACGUGUUCGAAAGAUUCCAGAAGCUCUAUCCAGGCAGGUCGCCUGGUCAUCUAUAUUGCGAUAUCAUGGGAACAGUCAUGUUCCAGUUCCCGACUAUCGCAGUCGCGCGCAAUAUGGCCGAAACUGGCACGCCUGUAUACUUCUUCCAGUUUUCGUAUGAUUCGCCUGGUCUUGAUGGUACACUCAGGGCCCUUCAUACAGGCGAUAUGUUGUUCCAAUGGGGGAAUUGCAGCCAGGCGGGAAUCAACAGUUGGGUGGCUUGGCGAGGACUUAAGCCAGGAGACGUGGAGCCUACAGCGAAGGUGAUCGGCGAGUUGUAUGCAAAAUUCAUCAGAUUUGGAGAUCCGGGUCGUCCAUGGACUAGCUUUGACGGGGAGAAUAAUGCGGUGUUGUGGUUUGGGAAAGAAGUUGAAACAAGGCAGGAUAUAUUUACAGGGAAGUGGGAGAUAUUCAACGAUGUCGGUAUCUAUGACGUGCAGGGACUAGGCGAAAGACUAACUCGAAGUCUGUUCGACGCACUAUCGAAAAUAAAUAUUGCUGAUGUUCGGCCUGAGUCUUGA